AUGGCAAUUAGUGGUCUUUCACCUGAAGCAUCUCUCAUGGCUAUCAAACGGGAGUUGAAGGACAAUGAGUUAAAGUUCACCGGUCAAUAUGACCCAGCUCUUCGUGCUCUCCGGGAGGCGUAUAACCCCAAAGCGCUGCGGUCAGCCGUGAUUGGCAAAGGAGAAAACUAUCCAAACGAUCAACUGGUCGAAGAUGUUAGAAAAGUCUACGAGAUGGUCGGGUUGGUCAAACCCACAGACGAAGAGAUCAGCCUGAAUAAACUCGCGGAUGAGACGAAACGUAUGUCUGUGAUUGCCGGCGCGAUGGGUCUCAAAGAGGACAAACGCAAAAACUCCAAGGAUGCAAGCGCUGCCGAUGCAGGUUUGAUGGGUAAAGCGGCCGAACUGUUGCGUCAAGACAUGGAAAGCAAAGGAAUAGAGGCCACUGAUAAGGUAUCAGCCGGUUUGAAGAAAAUGGUCAAGGGGUCAGCAGACAAAGAGCCACCCAAAGAUGAAGAGCCUCUAUCUCAGGAAAUUUUGGACAGUUUACUGGCGAUACAUUCCAGUGAAAACGUGGAUAUGCCAAGAAUUCUCGGUAAAAUAAAGAAGAGGGGUGAACUGCUGGCCCCAAUGUCUUAUUACAUGACCCCAAAUAUUGAAUACGACGAUUUUUCACUGACUGGAAUUACGUCAACUGGUGACUGGUCGCAAGUUACUUCUGGCGGACCAACUGAUACGCACCCUACGCCACCUGCCAAACCAAGUGAUAUGAGCAGUGAGGAUAAACAUAAGAAAGAAGAGGACAAACACGAGAAAGCAGAAUCCAAGGACAAACACCCCAAGAAAUCGCACGAUAUUUUCGAUGAGUUUUGGAAACGUUCGGAAAACCAAAUCGAGUGGGAUGAUGAUACCUUCACGGAUUUAGGAAAGACCACCACAAAGACUGUAGGCGCUCUCCAUGGGCAUGGAUCUAAAGUAACCGAUGACUCUGUUCACAUACCACACAAACCAAGCCACGUGAAUGGAACCAUGGAUAAGGCUGAGUCCGAAUCCGAUUCACGGCGUUAUAAGAUCACCAUCAUUCGAGCAUACAGCAACGAGCCUAAGGAUUCGACCGCACACGUGGACGCGUAUUUGGCUACGUUGACUGAAGAAGAUCGGGCGAGAAACCGUAAACAGGUGACCAUCAUUCGUGCUCUUUCUCGUGAUGCAUACGGCAUGGAAUUGUAA